AUGGUCAUUCAAUCCGACCUUAUCGUGGCUAUGAUAACCAGCAACUAUGAUGUUGUCCUUCCUCUAUUGCUAUCUGCAUUAACAAUUGCAUUUUUUCUUUCUGGAAGAUAUCCAGGAAGGAAAGAUGAUGUCAUUCCGGGCAGGUUGGGAAUCCCUUUCUUUGGUGAAACACUCUCUUUUCUCUCGGCAACAAAUAGCGACAAAGGCUGCUAUGAUUUCGUUACACAACGACGAUCCUGGUAUGGAAGGUGGUUCAAAACAAGGAUCUUCGGCAAGAUCCAUGUGUUUGUGCCAAGUGUUGAAGGUGCAAAAACCGUUUUCACCAAUGAUUUUACGAUUUUUAACAAGGGUUACGUGAAAUCAAUGGCCGACACGGUAGGAAACAAAAGCUUGCUGACUAGUCCGCACGAGAGUCACAAAAGAAUCAGGCGUCUUCUUUCUGAUCCCUUUUCAAUGAGUUCUUUAUCCAAGUUUGUUCAGAAGAUCGAUCGGAUGCUAUGUCAAAGACUCACGACAUUAGAAACGAAUGGCCAAAGUUUUAUGGUCCUACACUUCAGUAUGAAGUUAACAUUCGAUGCAAUGUGUGACAUGUUGAUGAGCGUCACGGAUGAUUCGUUAUUGCGACAAAUCGAAAGAGACUGCACUGCUGUUUCAGACGCCAUGUUGUCAUUCCCCGUCAUGAUUCCUGGAACUCGAUACUACAAAGGCAUUAAGGCACGUCAAAGGCUCAUGGAGACUUUCAGAGAUAUGAUUACCCUUCGAAGAACUGGAAAUGCUAACAUUAAUCCAGACGACUUCUUGGGAUCAAUGCUGAAACGGGAUUCGUAUCCCGACGACGAAAAGCUCAGCGACCAAGAAAUUAUGGACAAUCUAUUAACCCUAAUAAUUGCGGGGCAAACUACUACAGCAGCUGCAAUGAUGUGGAGUGUCAAGUUCUUGAGUGACAAUCCACAAGUUCUUGAUAAACUCAGGGAAGAACAAUUGAGUAUCCUAAGAAGGAAGCCAACUGGUGCUCUACUUACACUUGAAGAUCUGAAUAGCAUGCCGUACGCUUCACAGGUUGUAAAAGAGACAUUAAGAAUGUCAAAUGUCUUGUUAUGGUUUCCUCGAGUUGUGGCUGAUGAUUGCAAAAUCCAAGGCAAGUGGACCGUUGAUGAUCCAGAUCCUCGCCUAGAAAGAAAAGCUCAUAUACCGAGAUUGAGAAGUGGAUGUCCAAUUACCUUAAUAGCCCUUCAUGAUGUGAAGUAG